AUGGAUCUGGACUUGAGCCUAGGUCACCACUCCCAUUCCCCCUUCCUGUCUCACUCCCCCUCAUCCCCAGGCUCUUUAGCUGAUCUGUCAGCAUCCUCAGCAGAUCUGCUUGUCACCACCAACCUGGUCAAAUCCUCCUCCACAGACCUGAAGCCGAGGGAGAGCAGCUCCCUGCGAGGCAAACCUCUGCUCAGCCUGGUCAAGUCCCUGAGCACCGAGAUUUCUCGCCGGGUCGAGCCAGAGGUCAACCUCUCCAAGUCAGACUCCAAGUUGCAUUUGCAUCCCUGGAAGCAGCUUCCCUGUCCAAAAAUCAGGUCUGAAGCAGGAGAGCUGAAUGAGAACGAUGACUGGGUAUCACCUCUUUCCACAGGCGGCAUACCCUCCUCUGAACCUCGGGGAAGCUCGCUGAUUGCUGAGCUGGAGGACACACGGAGGAAGUUCUCCGAGGCCAUGCAGGAUCCGCUGAGCAUGCUGAGUAAGAUUAUGGGGGACGAAAGCCCCGGCAGCCCCAAGCAGGGGAGGGCUUCUUGUGCCGGAGACUCCCCGUCUUCCCAAGGCAGCUGUGGAAGAGACGGGGGUAGUGAAGAUGCAGACCUUAAGUGCCGGAGGAGAGCGGAAGGGGAGCACAGAGGUGUGUGUGACACGCCUCUGAGACGACUGCAAAAGGGCUCCUUAACGAAAUCCUCUGUCUCCCUAGAACGCCACAGAAGUGACAGCCAUUUAGAAAUGCGUACUUAUGGAGAUAAGAUUCAGGCGUUGGAGCUCCAGAAUGGUGCCAGGCUCAUCGCUGCCUCUUCACUGGCUCUUUCCUGUGGGUCUUCUUGCUAA